GACAUCUUUAUCUUUUUUUUGCGAGCACCUUUCCAAGUACGUAACCUAUUUUCUCUAUUUCAAAUCGAGAAGGGGGAAUUUCGCGCCAAUGCGAUUCGGUGACGUUUACGGAACCGGCGCGCGCGAUUCGCGAGUUUAAAAUUCGGCAUCCCAAAAAUCCAGCAGGUAGCGUCGACCGCUGCUCUAAAGACCGGAACGUCAAUCAUACCUACGAUUGCCAAAAUCGCCCCAUCUGCGUCAUUCCAUUCUUAAAGCAUGGAGGAGAAUGUGGCGAACUUGGCCAGUAGCACCGCAAACGUUUCAAGAAGAAGACGCCUCCGGAGUGACUGAAAUGACUGAAUGACGACGAUACUCUACCGGACCGGCGGCAGCGACUUUUUCGAACGGUAGCAGCAGAUCGCGCGUCUAACGCGUACGAAUUUUUUUUCACGAAAAAGAAAAACUGGUUAGUGAAAUUGCGCCAAUUAGACAAUAAUUAUUUUUUUAUGUAACGACUAUAAAGUGUUUGUUAUCGACAAUAUUUACUCUAGUCACUAUUUCUACUUAAAACGGUACACUUAAGGAUGGCAAUAAAUUACGGUAAAAUCGUGUUCAUUUUCGUAUUGUGUGCAAUUGUAGUUGCUAGUGCCAAAAAUUUUACAAACUUCCUCGCGACGAACGUCCUUCCUGAUGGCGAGAUCGAAAGGAGAAUACACUAUCGUGGUGUCACUGCCAAAGAGACUACCGUCAGCAAUACGUCAAAAGUAAGGCUAACGUUUCGUCAGUUAACCGAUGGAAAACACUUCAUUCAACUAAUAUACGACGAUCGUGACAAUAUAAUAGACUGCGAGUAUCUUCAUCAAAGAGAUCAAGUCGAGUUGUUCUUGGUGAAGUUCAACGAAGAUCUAAUUAAGACUACCUCAAACGUUACUGUAGAUAGUUUAGAUGAUAGGAGACUGCCGGACGAUAUUAGGCCAUGGUGGCACUACUCGAAGCUCAGGGAUUUAUGUAGGAAGAGUCACAAGGCGAUAAGGAAGAGUCUGCGAGAGGUUAGGCAGCGAGAAGAAUCGAGUCGCAAAAGGUCAAGACAAACGCGAGCGAUUUCGGACUACCUAAUAUGGCCGGGCACCCUUUGGUGCGGUUACGACGACAUAGCGCCUUCCUAUACAAACUUGGGGGCUAUGUCGAACACAGACAGGUGCUGCCGAAAACACGACCACUGCAAGUUGAACAUAGACGGAUUCACUACCAAGUAUCACUUCUACAAUCCGAAACCUUUUACUAUGUCGCACUGUUUUUGCGACAACAGAAGGAAACGGAGCAUCGUCGACUGGCUACAAAUACCGGGCACCAAAUGGUGCGGCAAGGGUUUUUCGGCCGAGAAGUACACGGAGCUUGGCGGAUUUUCGCGGACGGACAAGUGCUGCAGGAGGCACGACACAGCGUGCCCCUUUUGGAUUGGCGGGUUCGAGACCAAGUAUGGACUGUUCAAUUGGAGGGUGAACACUUUAAUGCACUGUAGUUGCGAUGACCGUUUCAGGGCUUGCCUGAAAAUGGCGGACACGAGCGACGCCAAUCUCGUCGGGAAGCUCUUCUUCAACAUAAUCCAGACCAAGUGUUUCGUCCUGAAACCGAAAAAGUAUUGCGCGAAGAGAUCGUGGUGGGGCAAAUGCACAAAGACCAAGUACACGAAGCAGGCGAUUAUACGUGAUAAUUUAGCGUAUUAAUUAAUUAGGCGAACGAAUUAGCUAAAUUUUGAAUGUGAGGCAAUAACGCACACGUUUUUUUUUCUAAUUUUCCGUACUUUGUACUUAUUUCAAGCGAAAUGUAUAUUAUGUUUAUAUGUAAGUAACAGCGGCUCCUAUUUUUGUAUAGUAUAAUAUUUUUGUAACAUAUUUACUUAAUUGGUAUUUUUGCAAUAUUUAUUUUACGUACGUAAUUUUUAAGUUUUGUGAUUUUUGUGUCAAGAUGUACUGUGUAAAAUGUCACGGUUCCAAUCAAUCUUGAAACUUGUUGAAAUAUGGCAUCCGGCAUGUCACGGCGGUAUGUUAAAGUCAUGCAAUAAACGUUCAGCAAAACAUCA